AUGGCCUGCCUAGAGAGGGUCCCCAGCGUGCCGGGCAUGCCUGAGGGGAAGACACUGGAGCGCGCGCACUCCAACCAGGAGGUCCAGCGCGUGCCCCCCUCUCGCCGCCUGAUCGUGGUGGCCAACCGCCUGCCGGUGUCGGCGUACCGCGACCCGGAGGGCAAGUGGCAGCUGCAGGUCAGCGCGGGGGGCCUGGUGUCGGCGCUCAUGGGCGUGGCCCACUUCCAGACCAAGUGGAUCGGCUGGCCCGGGGUGUACGUCGAGGCGGGACCGGAGCGCGACGCGCUGACCUCUGCGCUGCACGGCGAGGGCUACGCGCCGGUGUACCUGGACCAGAAGAUGGUGGACCUGCACUACAACGGCUUCUGCAACUCCGUGCUGUGGCAGCUGUUCCACUACGUGCCGCUGAACAUCGACAGCAAGCUGUCAGAGACGCGGACGCUGCAGUUCCAGUGGGCCGCUCACCAGAUGGUCAACCGCAUCUUUGGCGACGCGGUGAUGCAGCACUACCAGGAGGGCGACAUCAUCUGGGUGCAGGACUACCACCUCAUGCUCCUUCCCGCGGUGCUCAAGGAGCGCCGCCCCAACAUGAAGGUGGGCUUCUUCCUGCACACGCCCUUCCCCUCCUCCGAGAUCUACCGCACGCUGCCCGUUCGCGAGGAGCUGCUGCGCUCCGUCCUGCGCGCCGACCUCAUCGGCUUCCACACCUACGACUACGCGCGCCACUUUGUGUCCGCCUGCACCCGCAUCCUGGGCCUGGAGGCCACGCCGGAGGGCGUGGAGGACGACGGGUCGCUGACCCACGUCGCCGCCUUCCCCAUCGGCAUCGACCCCGACCGCUUCACCGCGGCGCUGGGCGCGCCCGAGGUGCGCGCCAACGUGGCCCAGCUGCUGAACCGGUACGCGGGGCGCAAGGUCAUGCUGGGCGUGGACCGGCUGGACAUGAUCAAGGGCAUCCCCCAGAAGCUGCUGGCCUUUGAGAAGUUCCUGGAGGAGCACCCGGAGUGGUGCGACCGCGUGCUCCUGGUCCAGAUCGCGGUGCCCAGCAGGACCGACGUCCCGGAGUACCAGCGCCUGCGCAGCAUGGUGCACGAAGUUGUGGGCCGCAUCAACGGCCGGUAUGGCACGCUCACCCACGUGCCCAUCUACCACCUGGACCGCCAGCUGUCCUUCCACGAGCUGGUGGCGCUGUACGCCAUCACCGACGUCGCGCUGGUGACCUCCCUGCGCGACGGCAUGAACCUGGUGUCCUACGAGUACGUGGCCUGCCAGCGCGACAACGCGGGCGUGCUGGUGCUCUCCGAGUUUGCCGGCGCGGCGCAGAGCCUGGGCGCGGGCGCCCUCCUGGUCAACCCCUGGAACGUGUCCGACCUGGCCGCGGCCAUCGGCUACGCGCUGCGCAUGCCGGAGCGCGAGCGGCGCGAGCGCCACCGCCACAACUACGCGCACGUCACCGUGCACACCGCGCAGACCUGGGCCGACACCUUCAUCUCCGAGCUGGACGACACGGCGGUGGAGGCGGAGCUGCGCACGCGGGGCGUGCCGCCGCCGCUCCCCGUGCCGGACGUGGCCGCUGCGUUCGGUAGCGCGGCGGGGCGCCUCCUGGUCCUGGGCUACAACGCCACGCUGACGCCGGGAGAGGAGGGGCCGGGGGGGAGGACGCACCGUCCGGGCGUGGUGGUGUUCAGCGGGAGCGAGAAGGAGGUGCUGGAGGAGGUGUUUGCCGGCACGCGCAUCUGGCUGGCGGCGGAGAACGGCAUGCUGCUGCGCCCCCCCGGCGCCACCGAGUGGGUGCCCGUCAUCGAGCCGCCCUCGGGCGAGUGGAUGGACAGCGUCAGUCUGGUGUUCGAGUACUUUUGCGAGCGCACUCCGCGCAGCUUCGUGGAGCAGCGGGAGCACAGCAUCGUGUGGAACUACCGUGCCGCCGACGUCGAGUUUGGGCGCCUGCAGGCCCGAGACUUGCUCCAGCACCUCAUUUCGGGGCCCAUCUCCUCUGCGCCCGUGGAUGUCGUGAGGGUGGUGGUGUUCAGCGGGAGCGAGAAGGAGGUGCUGGAGGAGGUGUUUGCCGGCACGCGCAUCUGGCUGGCGGCGGAGAACGGCAUGCUGCUGCGCCCCCCCGGCGCCACCGAGUGGGUGCCCGUCAUCGAGCCGCCCUCGGGCGAGUGGAUGGACAGCGUCAGUCUGGUGUUCGAGUACUUUUGCGAGCGCACUCCGCGCAGCUUCGUGGAGCAGCGGGAGCACAGCAUCGUGUGGAACUACCGUGCCGCCGACGUCGAGUUUGGGCGCCUGCAGGCCCGAGACUUGCUCCAGCACCUCAUUUCGGGGCCCAUCUCCUCUGCGCCCGUGGAUGUCGUGAGGGGCGGGCGCAGCAUCGAGGUGCGGCCCGUGGGCGUGAGCAAGGGCGCCUCGCUGGAAAAGGUGCUGCAGUACAUGGCCGACGCCUGCGACAUGGCCAGCGUCAACUUUGUGCUGGCGGCGGGGCACUUCCUGCAGCGCGACGAGAACCUCUACGCGCUGGUGUCGGGCGAGACGGAGGGCGGCCUGGCGCCCGCGCCCGCGCCCGCGCCAAGCCACGCCCCCGCGCCCGGUCCCGCAGGUGUAGGGGCUACGCGGCCGCAGCACCACGAUCCGGGCGCCCUGGGUCCGGCGGGGCAUGCGCUGUCCCCCUCGCUGGCCGCGCGCAUGGGCAUGGGCGGCGGGGCGGCGGCCGCGCCUGUCGCGCCGGCCGCCGUGCUGCCCGCAGCGCCGUCGGCGCAGGACCGGCACCGCUACUUGGCCAGCAGCGACGCGGAGGCCGGCGCCGUGCGGCAUCGCACGACGGGCGAGGCGCGGCGCCAGGCAGCACACGCUGCGCACGCUUCGGCUCCGGGGGCCAGCACGACGGGCGGGGGCGCGCCGGGCGCCACGGGCGGCAGCGUGCAGGCCUUUGGCGGGCACGAGCUGCCCUUCGCCGUCCCACCGCGCCACUGCUUCACCUGCGCGGUCGGGCGCGGGGUGGUCAGCCGCGCGGCCUUCACGCUGUCCAGCUCUGCGGAGGUGGCGGCGCUGCUGCGCCAGCUGGCGCUGACCAACGGUGCGACCAUGGAGCAGCUCAUGCCCGUGACCUCGCUGUCGCCCACCAGCAGCGGCGGGGACGGGCUCGCCGACAGCGGCUGGCUGGAGGCCAGUGCGCGGUCCUGGAGCCUGAACCCCCGCGAUGAGGAGGCGAUGCUGGGCAGGCAGUGA